CCGGUAAGGUUGACAUCCAAAAUGCGUACAAUGAAGAUUUUGGCUCUUGACGUUGGCGAGAAUCUGGAUACAGUUGUUGAUUUCCUCAAGUGCUUCCCUUGCUUACAGAAGCUCUAUGUCAUUCUACCUUUAUAUCAACUUUUCGGUUGUCAUCAGUCGCAUCAAGGAAAUGAUAUGAAUAAUGUGCGGAAGUACGACCCAGCUAAUCCAAUUGAAUGCUUUGAACUCCAUCUAAAAAAAGUGGUGUUGAAGAAUUACGACGCUGACAAGAAGGCAUGCAUUGAUUUUGCCAAUUUUUUUAUUUUGAAUGCAAAAGUGCUAAAGGAAAUGGAAAUCGGGAUCCUUAAGGAGCAAACUGACCAAUGGAUGUACUAUCAUGGUACGAAGCUUCAAGUGGAGAAUAGAGCUUCUCGAGAUGCCCGUGUUAAACUAGGACGUGAUAGAUAUGCCAUCCCCGGAAACCAUGGGCAUACACAUGAUUUGUCAUUGGCCGAUCCCUUUGAGAAGUCCUUAUGUGGACACAAUAAGAGUGUUAGAUACUCAAUUCUGUAAUUUAUGGGGUGCCUUGUUCCCCCACUAUGGAGCAUACCAGGAUCGAUGAGGUGGUGCGAUACAAAGAUUCAAAUGAAAACUUGAGAAUGUACUAGACAAAUGUUGUCUCUCUCAUCCGUGAGUCGUACUAUAAGCUGGGAGCACAUGCAUGAUGCAGCUAGUAUAUAUUCGUGUGUAUCUACGU